AUGGAGGACGUGGUGGCCACGUACCGGGAGGAGGGAGUGGCCUACAGACGGGAGCUGGAGGCGAUCCUGAGGCAGGUAGAGGGGGGCCAAUGCCUGCAGCCCCUGUCCCGUGUCCCCCGCUGCCAGAGGGCCAACGCCUGCAGCCCCUCUCCGUGUCCCUCGUCCACGGAGAGGCCGACACCUGCAGCCCCUGUCCCGUGUUCCCCGUCGCCAGAGAGGCCUCCGCCUGCAGCCCCUAUCCCGUGUCCCUCGUCGCCAGAGGGGCCGACGCCUGCAGCCCCUCUCCUGUGUCCCUUGUCGCCGGAGAGGUCGACACCUCCAGCCCCUGUCCCUCGCUGCCAGAGGGCCAAUGCCUGCAGCCCCUCUCCCAUCUCCCCCGUCGCCGGAAAGGCUGACGCCUGGAGCCCCUGUCCCAUGUCCCUCAGAGGCCUCCGCCUGCAGCCCCAGCCUGUGUCCCUCGUCGCCAGAAGGGCCGACGCCUGCAGCCCCUGUCCCGUGUCCCUCGCUGCCAGAGGAACCGAUGCCUGCAGCCCCUGUCCCGUGUCCCUCGUUGCCGGAGAGGACAACGCCUGCAGCGCCUGUCCCGUGUCCCUCGUCCACGGAGAGGCGGACACCUGCAGCCCCUGUCCCGUGUUCCCCGUCGCCAGAGAGGCCGACGCCUGCAGCCCCUAUCCCGUGUCCCUCGUCGCCAGAGGGGCCGACGCCUGCAGCUGGCAGAGGGCCAACGCCUGCAGCCCCUCUCCCGUGUCCCUCGUCGCCGGAGAGACCUGCAGCCCCUGUCCCGUGUUCCCCGUCGCCAGAGAGGCCGACGCCUGCAGCCCCUAUCCCGUGUCCCUCGUCGCCAGAGGGGCCGACGCCUGCAGCUGGCAGAGGGCCAACGCCUGCAGCCCCUCUCCCGUGUCCCUCGUCGCCGGAGAGGCUGACGCCUGCAGCCCCUGUCCCGUGUCCCUCGCUGCCAGAGGAACCGAUGCCUGCAGCCCCUGUCCCGUGUCCCUCGUUGCCGGAGAGGCCAACGCCUGCAGCGCCUGUCCCGUGUCCCUCGUCCACGGAGAGGCGGACACCUGCAGCCCCUGUCCCGUGUUCCCCGUCGCCAGAGAGGCCGACGCCUGCAGCCCCUAUCCCGUGUCCCUCGUCGCCAGAGGGGCCGACGCCUGCAGCCCUUGUCCCGUGUCCCUCGCUGGCAGAGGGCCAACGCCUGCAGCCCCUCUCCCGUGUCCCUCGUCGCCGGAGAGGCUGACGCCUGCAGCCCCUGUCCCGUGUCCCUCUCUGCCAGAGGGGCAGACACCUGCAGCCCAUGUCCAGUGUCCCUCGUCCACGGAGAGGCCGACACCUGCAGCCCCUUUCCCGUGUUCCCCAUCGCCAGAGAGGCCUCCGCCUGCAGCCCCAGCCUGUGUCCCUCGUCGCCAGAAGGGCCGACGCCUGCAGCCCCUGUCCUGUGUCCCAGCGCUGCCAGAGGAACCGAUGCCUGCAGCCCGUGUCCCUCAUUGCCGGAGAGGCCAACGCCUGCAGACCCUGUCCCUCGUUGCCGGAGAGGCCAAGGCCAGCGUUCCCUGCAGACCCUGUUCCCUGGCCGGCGGAGAGGCCAAAGCCAGCGUCCCCUGCAGCCCCUGUUCUGUGGUCGGUGCAGCCCCGCACCGUGUCCAUCGUCGGCGGAGAGGCCGAUGCCUGCCGGCCCUACAGGCCUUGGUCCGGUAG